AAAUAUGAGGGUAAUUCAACUUUGUCAAAACAUUUCACUUUCCCCAACCCCACCAGUCUCGCUUUGACUUUGAACCACGCCCCUAAUGAUGAUGCAACACAGGUAAAGUUGAGUUGAUUGACAGGUGAGCUGUAAAGAUUUAAAACUAAGCAAUCCGCUGGUUUCAUCAGAGCCUUCCAAAUGAGCCCUACUCUUACUUUGAAGGUGACCUCGAUGUUUCCGGCCCAGGAACCUAUUGUUUGUGUUUCCAGCUGAACGUCAACAGAAGUCAGCUGACACCUGGAAAGGGUUGCCAGGUCCGGAGCGUCAUCCCCCGUUCACACCGAGACAAAAUUCCGUACACAAGUGAAGCAGCUGGAGAUUUAUAAAUUAAUCUAUAAAGUUCAAUAUUAAAAGAAUAACAACAAAAUAGACAAAGUGUGUAGGUAGUAAAAUGCCUAUUCACAUUAAUAAAACCCUUCAUAACCUGCAUUUUAAGAAAUUGAAAAGACGUCGCUGAUUCUGUGUUCUACAUUGUGUUUGCUCAGAAGCUACUGAUCCAGGUGAGAACCUGCAGUUAAAUCUCAGACUGAUGAAAAAUAAUAACAAGUGAAAAAAGUUUAAAAGAUUCUGAAAGGCACAAUAAUCAACUUUACAAAUAUGUUCCACUUUGCUGUGAGACUAAGAAACUGCUGCGAUUAUUAACUGUGCCACUGUCAAAUAAUGUUUAAGUAAAGAUAAGAGUCACUGAGACGCCUUCGGACAGAAACACACAGUUCAACCAGAACAGUUUCACCUUGCUGAACUGGUUUCUCUGAUAUCACAAAGGUAGCAUGACGCCACCAACAGGCCACCAGAUGAAAUGCACCAUUACCUUGAUUCAAACUACAGGUUUGGCAGGUUUUUACACUUUUCUUCGGAUUAGCUCUGAAGUAAGUAAAGCUAAAUGCUAGGGUUAGGGUUAGCUGCAGGUUAACUCUAUACAUUAUCUCUCUGCUCUUUAUCUCACACUGUUAACCAUCCAAUGCUAACUGCUGGUUAGCUGCAGGUUAACUCUAUACAUUAUCUCUCUGCUCUUUAUCUCACACUGUUAACCAUCCAAUGCUAACUGCUGGUUAGCUGCAGGUUAACUCUAAACUAACUUUACGUGUUUCUUUAACAUCCGUGUUUAAUAGAUGUUAAUGUUGUUCUCUCAUCAUGAUUCAGUUUAUCAAGAAGAAAACUACUCUGCUGAAACACCCGCCUCUGAUUGGCUAAUAUCUUUUCAACGUGAGUUGGGUUUAGUAAUACAAUGUCACGAUUGGUUACAGUGAGAGCGAGACACUCCGGAUAAGCCAAUCAGAGGCCGAGCAGGGGGCGGGUCGUGCUGCGAAGAGGAUGAAGCGUCACUUCCUGUCCUGCGCAGCAGCGACGGGACUCCAACAUGGCGUCGGCGGCGGAGAAGUCAACGAAAGAGCGGCUGCUGGCUGUGGUGGAGGAUUUAGAGGUUCUCUCCCGGGAGCUGAUCGAGAUGCUGGCUCUGUCCCGGAGCCAGAAGCUGCUUCAGACCGGAGAAGACGUCCAGGUCCUGCAGCUGCUGGUGCAGAGGGACCGGGAGUUCCAGGAGCUGAUGGAGGUGGCUCAGCAGCAGGGGACGGUGCACCAGGAGAUGCAGCUGCUGGAGAAGGAGGUGGAGAAGAGAGACAGCGACAUCCAGCAGCUCCAGAAGCAGCUGAAGGAGGCCGAGCACAUCCUGGCCACUGCUGUUUACCAGGCGAAGGAGAAACUCAAAUCUAUUGACAAAGCCAGGAAGGGAAGUAUCUCAUCAGAAGAAAUCAUCAAGUAUGCUCACAGAAUCAGCGCCAGUAACGCCGUGUGUGCUCCUCUCAACUGGGUUCCAGGUGAUCCACGCAGACCGUACCCGACUGACCUGGAAAUGCGCAGCGGGAUGCUGGGUCACAUGGCCAACAUGCCGACCAAUGGCGUGAACGGACAUCUGCCUGGUGAUGCUCUGGCUGCUGGAAGGUUACCAGACGUCCUGACGCCUCACUACCCCUGGCAGUCCUCAGACGUCUCCGUGGGAAUGCUGCCUCCUCACCACGGCAAUGACUUCGGCCUAGAGCCCCCUGGUCAUAACAAGGAGAACGAGGACGAUGUGGAGGCCAUGUCGACAGAUUCCUCCAGCAGCAGCAGUGAUUCUGACUGAGUGUGUGUGUGUGUGUGUGUGCGUACGCGUGUGUGUGUGUGUAACUGGUCAAACCUCUUCACCUCUGGUCAUUAAAUUAAAGUUGAGACUCCAACAUGUUAAAUCCCAUGAGACCAAAAGACUCUUUGUGACGAAGCAGCUGUAGCUUUAUAUUUGCUGCACAGUUCAGAGUCGGAUCCUUCUGAACCUGGACGGAGUGAGGAAGUCCACCUGCUCCUGUAAAGAGCUUCAGAGACGCUUCCUACAAACCAGAGCAACUUAAUGUCCUCUGUUAUUUUUCUGUUUCUAUUGUUUAGACAGUUUGGUUUAAAGUGAAUGGAAACCAAGUGAGUCCUCCUUAUCGUCUUCAUGAACAGAAUCAGUCUGAUGUUCCUCUGAAAAGGAGAUGAAGUCAGGUCCGAGGUCUGUUCACUGCAGCCUGUGUGUUCUUAGUAUGAUACAGAUACAUGGUGUUAUUUUACCUUUGUGUAAAGAAUCCUGUAGAUACUCCUCCCUGUAAAUAAAUCCUACUUUUUAAAAUG